AUGGAGGAGGUAGGACAAGGCCCAGAAGGGCAGACCAGGACAAUAGCCAGAGCUGCCUGCAGGCUCAUGGCUGGGGCUGUUCUUCUAGCCUCCGCGGCCGGCGGCACCGGUGACCAGCAGGGGGCGCUCCUGCAGAAGGCUGGCCGCCGCGGCCGUCCGUCCUCCGCCGCCCAGUCCCCCGACCCGCACUACAUCAGCCCCGCGGGCGGCUGGUGGCGGCGCUGCGAGCGCUGCGCGGCGCGAGGAGAUGCGACUGGGCUCCGCGCCGCCGGCAUCAUGCGCCCCCCGCCCGCGCUGGCCCUGGCCGCGCUCUGCCUGCUGGCGCUGCCCGCCGCCGCCGCCGCCGCCUACUUCGGUCCUGUCCUAGACCUCAUCCCGCCCACUAAGCCGGGUCUCGGAUCCCGGCUCAAGCUCCAGGAUUCUGCAGGCGUCUCGGACCUUGUGCCCGUGCGCCCCGGCGCGCCCUGUCCCUGCCGGUCCAAGGAGUCCCUCCCACGCUCGGACGUCCUCUCCGAUCCUCACUUCCUGACUGGGCGGGAGGUCCUGACGCCCUUCCCCGGGCUGGGCACCGCUGCUCCGGCACAGGGUGGGGCCCACCUGAAGCAGUGCGACCUCCUGAAGUUGUCCCGCCGGCAGAAGCAGCUCUGCCGGCGGGAGCCAGGCCUGGCCGAGACCCUGCAGGACGCCGCACACCUCAGCCUGCUCGAGUGCCAAUUUCAGUUCCGGCAUGAGCGCUGGAACUGCAGCCUGGAGGGGAGGACAGGGCUGCUCAAGAGAGGUUUCAAGGAGACGGCCUUCCUGUAUGCGGUGUCCGCGGCCGCCCUCACGCACACUCUGGCCCGGGCCUGCAGCGCUGGCCGCAUGGAGCGGUGCACCUGUGAUGACUCCCCGGGCCUCGAGAGCCGGCAGGCCUGGCAGUGGGGCGUGUGUGGCGACAACCUCAAGUACAGCACCAAGUUCCUGAACAAUUUCCUGGGGCCCAAGAGAGGAAGCAAAGACCUGCGGGCACGGGUAGACGCCCACAACACUCACGUGGGCAUCAAGGCCGUGAAGAGUGGCCUCCGGACCACGUGUAAGUGCCACGGCGUGUCAGGCUCCUGCGCUGUGCGCACCUGCUGGAAGCAGCUGUCCCCGUUCCGCGAGACGGGCCAGGUACUAAAGCUGCGCUACGACUCGGCCGUCAAGGUGUCCAGUGCCACCAAUGAGGCCUUGGGCCGCCUGGAGCUGUGGGCGCCGGCCAGACCUGGCAGCCCCACCAAGGGCCCGGCGCCGCGGCCUGGGGACCUGGUCUACAUGGAGGACUCCCCCAGUUUCUGCCGGCCCAGCAAGUACUCGCCUGGCACAGGGGGCAGGCUGUGCUCCCGCGAGGCCAGCUGCAGCAGCCUGUGCUGUGGGCGGGGCUACGACACCCAGAGCCGCCUGGCGGCCUUCUCCUGCCAUUGCCAAGUGCAGUGGUGCUGCUACGUGGAGUGCCAGCAGUGUGUGCGGGAGGAGCUUGUGUACACCUGUAAGCACUAGGCCCGCCGCCCGGGGUGCCAGCCAGGCGCUGCCAGGACCUGCCAGGGCACCGGGCCGCCUCCAGGCCACCCAGCCG